AGCUGAUUGGAGGGCAAAAGUAGAAUACUAUUAUAACACAACAAGGAAAGUUGGAUGACCAAAUCAGUAAAUAAAUAGCCUGUGGAUCCUGGUGUGGUCGGUCGGAGGUGAUUAACCGCCACCGCCGCCUACCUCGCGUUCUUAGCCUCCAAAAUUUGAAUACCUCAACCACCAAAAAAAACCAGGAAACCCACGCUAACAAAUGGCGGGACUCAUUCCUGCAAUUCGUUUGAACUCCUUCGGAAGGUCUCGCUUCUACCCACUCUACCACCGCUUCGCGCUGUCACAGGAUGGAAGAAGAGAAUUGAUACCUGGCCUUCGGCGGAGCGCUUCUGUGCAUAUGUGUUCUCUAGCUGGGGAGUUCGAAUUUGAUGAAGUUCCCGAUGAUGGCAGAGCGGCAGAGAAGCAUUCUGCACUCCGCCUGGCUCUUUCACAGCUCGGUGGUGGUGGAGAUAGCAGCAGCGACUCUAUGUCGUACAUGCAGCAGUUUUUCGGUUCUCGGAGUGCACCAGUGGUCUCUACUGGUUCAUUGAAGCUGGACAUAGCACUUGGAGUUGGAGGAUUGCCCAAGGGAAGAAUGGUUGAGAUAUAUGGGCAGGAGGCUUCUGGAAAGACGACACUUGCACUUCAUAUUAUCAAGGAAGCCCAAAAGCGUGGAGGAUAUUGCGCGUAUCUUGAUGUAGAGAAUGCAUUGGAUAGUUCACUUGUGGAAGCAGUAGGCGUAGAUACGGAUAAUCUCCUCAUUUCGCCACCAGAUUCUGCUGAAAAUAUGCUCAGUGUGGUUAAUACACUGACCAAAAGUGGUUCUGUCGAUGUAAUCGUUGUUGAUAGUGUUGCUGCACUUGUUCCUCAAUACGAGAUCGAUGGGAUGAUAGGAGGCUGUGACGGAGAUAGACAGUCUCGCAUUAUGAAUCAAGCUCUACGAAAGAUUCAUUAUUCUUUGUGCCAAUCUCAAACUCUUCUCCUUUUUCUUAAUCAGGUUAGAUCAAGCGUGGGACCCGAACUAGAUCGUCGGCAUGUAGAAGAGGUAACUUGUGGGGGAAAGGCCUUGAAAUUCUAUUCAGCAGUUAGAUUGAGAAUGAACAGAAUGAGAUUACUGAAGACUGCUGAUAAGGUGACUGGCCUUGGGGUACGUGUAGAAGUGGUGAAGAACAAGCUGGGGCCUGCAUUGAGAAAGGCAGAGCUUGGAAUCGAGUUUGGAAGAGGCUUCUGCCGUGUAGCAGAGGUCUUGGAAUUGGCAUCCGAAUAUGGUCUCAUCACAAAAGAAGGAUCCAGCUACAUCAUCCGAGGGCGAGUCUUCGACAGCGAAUUGGCAGCACACAACCACCUAGUCAAACAUGAUGGCAUCCUCGAUGGCAUUGUCACGGACUUGAGGAGCCAAUUGUUUCCAGAUAGAUAAAACUGUGAGAUUAUCCUGUCUCCGGAAAUAUGAGCUCUUAUUCGUAGUUUAGAAAAUCAACAAUGUAUGUGCAGCACCACUCUCCACUCAGUCAUAUAUCCUCCACGUUGGAAGAAAUCAUGGCGAUGAGG